AAGUGCAAGCGUCGGUAGACAGAGACUACACGCUGCGCCAUUGUUGUUUUCAUUUUCUUAAAUUUUAUUUUUUACAUCAAAGGCUUGACUUUAUAGUAAACUUCACAAAAACAGGAUGUUUCCAGGAUGGCAGCCUAUGCAGCAGGCUUUCAUUCAGCCUCAGUAUCAAAUGAUUCCCAUGCAACAGCAACAGGGAUGGAUUCCACCGGGAAUGCCAAUGCAACCAAUGAUGGGUGGGGUACCUCCAGGAGUUCAAAUGCCAACCCAGUUACCGCCGCCACCUGGAGAAGAAAAUCCACCAUUGCCACCAGAACCCCCACCAGAUGAUGGAUCUGAAGAUACUGAAUUAAAACCAAAAGAUCCGCUUGAAGAAAGGAAGUUACAGAAUUUAAAAAAUCAAGCAGCUCAGUGGCAACAGACCCUACAGAUGCAGCAGCAGUGGGGACCACCUGGGGCUCCAAUGAUGGGAUUUCAGACUCCCUUAGAUUUGAUUAAGAAGGAGGAAGAGGACUUCAAUGCACAGUAUGAGCAAUGGAGGAAACAAUACAAUGACUGGAGAGAACAAAAUAAAUCUCAUCCAAACAAGGAUCAGUUUAAUCAGUACUUACAGCAGUGGCAGACAUAUGAAAAACAGAUGGAGGAGAAGAAGGCAGAUAUACAGAGAAGAAAGGAAGAAGCAAAGAAACAAAUCAAAGAACAAGAAAAAGCUGCAGCUAAAGGACAAUCGUUCUCUGGUGGUCCACCACCAGGAAUGAUGGGUAUGGGGCCCAGGCCAGGCUUUGGUGGACCACCUCCACCAGGACCACCACCAUUUGGGGGCCCUCCACCUCAUGAUGGGCCUAGAGGAAUGGGGCCAAGACCGCCAAUGGGACAAAUGCGGCCAGGUUUUGGAGGCCCUAGAGGAAUGUUCUCAGGUCCAGGUGCACCAGGUCCCCCUCAAUCAGGUUUCCAAGGUCCUCCUCCUAGAGGACCACCUGGACAAGGUAAGCAGAAUGAGGAAUCUGGUUCAUGGCCUAAAGACAAUAUGGGAAGAGGUCGUGGACAGUUUAGGGGUGGUAGAGGUAGGGGCAGAGGCGGAAUGAAUGAUUUUGGUCAUGGUGGUACACCAGAUAAUCAAGAUGUAGAUACAGAAAUGGAGAUUGAAGAGGAUGAAGGUGGUGUUUCUGAGCAAUCUUUGAAAAAGAUGUUUGAGAAUUUAAUGAAUUCAAAUGAUCCCAAAGUGAAUAAAAUGAUGCUAAAACAGAUUAAUGAUGAUGGUCAAGAAAUGCUUGUAAAGCUUGAACUUGCUGCCAAAAUUUUCAUGGAGAAUUAUGUCACUAUGAAUCCAGCUCAGCUGAAUAAAAUGGUGAAAGUUGUUAACAAUAUUGGGGACGAGUCAGUGAUGCUGAAAAAAAUGGGUGGUAUAACACCUGCAAUAUUGAACCGUAUGAAAAGUGAAGUUUUUGAUGAAAUGAGGAGAUUUGGAAUUUCAGUCCCAGAUAGUGGCCCUAUUGGGCGGGGAAGACCAAUGCCUAUUGGAGAGUCAGACAGCGGAAGGGGGAGAGGAGGGCAUCAAAGAGGUGGAAUGCCCUUUAGAGGUAGAGGGAGGGGCAAUUUCCAAGGAAAUAGAUUUGACCAUUCAAAUGAUUUUGAAGAGGAAUCAAGUGAUACUGGUAGAAAUAACCGUUUUGGUAAUGAUACUGCAAAUAAACCUGGGCCAGACAAAAAAGGACCAGUUUCCCUUUUUGACUUAGAAUUCAGUGAACCACCUGCAUUGAAAAAGACUGGUAAAAGUGGUGAAAAUGAGAAAAGUAAUCAAGGGCAAUUUAAAAAGGAGGAGAAAGAAGGGUCUCAAAAUUUUAAUCAAGGCAAUCAACAAUCUGGCAACUUUAUGGGUAGAGGUGGUAGAGGUAUGGGACCAAGAGGGCCACGCCCAAUGAUGGGUCAGCACAUGAGGCCUGGAAUGCGGCCCCCUGGAUUUCCCAUGGGCCCGAGAGGCAACAUGGGCCCUCACGGUAUGAUGGGCCCUAUGGGAGGAAUGCGACAUCCAGGUCAGAUGGGUAUGGGUAUGCCUCCACCUACUCAGCCAGCACAGCCAGAAGUGUUCCAGGGUGAAGUGUUUGAACCCCCACCAGAAGAGGAAAAGAAGCCAGUUAUCACAUCAGCACCUCCCUCAUCAUCCACGGCAUCAUCGUCAGCGUCAUCUACAUCAUCUACAGUCACAUCUUCAACAACGGCAACAACAACUUCUACUACAUCAUCUCCUCAGGUUAAACCAUCACCAAAAGAGGAGAAAGACACUGUCACAAAUAAGGCUGCAAUUAAAGAGAUUAAAUCAUUAAUGGACAUUAAAAUUACUGAAUUUAAAAAAGAGGCAAAACAACAAAAACAGCCAAAUAAUCAAGAAGUGAAAAAGGAUUUUCAAAAUAGUUCAGGGAAUCAAGGAAACAAGUUUAGUGCUAAGAGACCAGAGCCCCCACCAAAGAAACCUGAUUUCCAAGGUCAAGGGGGACAAUUUCAGCAACAAAGUGAACAGGAUACUGGAGCACAAAAUGUGCCUGGUGGGGCCCGAUUUCAGAACUUCAAGAAUCAACCAGAUAAGCAACAAGAACGAGAUAGAAAUCAAAGAGGCCAGUGGGGAAGAGAACAAAAUAACAGUCAAGAAAGAGAAGAAAGUGCUAAUCGUGGGUUUGACAGGGGACGUGGAAGGGGACGUGGUCGAGGCUUUGAUCAGAAUAGAGGAUUUAAUCAAGAUCAAAAUGAUGGUAAUAGAUUUGGAAGAGACAGGAGUAUUGAAAGAGGAAGGAAUGAUAAGUGGGGACAGAAGGGAGGCUUUGAAGGAACAGACCAGGGCGGGCAGUUUGGAGCUCAGGGACAAUUUGGAGCCCAGGGACAGUAUGAAGAUGAAGGCCAAUUUGGAAAUGAAGAACAGUUUGAAGGUCAAAAUCAGUUUGAAGGUCAAGAAGAGUACAAUCAAAUGGAUAACGAGGAAUAUCAAGAUAAUCCAUUUCUUCAGGAAGAUACAGACUUUAGUCAGCAAGAAGAGACCAAAAUUCAAGGGGAGGAUGAAGGGUUUGGACAUGGUCAUUUUGAUGCUGGAGACCAGCAAAGAGAUGAAAGAUUACUUCCUCCACCAGAAGACAGAUUCAGGCCAGAGGAAAGAGGGCGAGGGAUAUACGAUAGAGAAGAGCCGCCACUAAGAAGGGAUGAUCCCUAUGCCAGAUAUCCUUACAGAGACCCUUACCUUGACAGACGGGAUCCCUAUUGGGAUAGAAGAGAUCCUUAUGCUAGACCUGAUCCCUACAGAGAUCCAUAUGAUCCAUAUGCAAGAAGACCAUACGAUGAUCCUUAUAGCAGACGAUUUGAUGACAGGUUUGAUCCCUAUGCUAGAGUCCCCCCUGAGCCGGCAGAGAGAAGUGUGUUCAAGCCUGCAGAGACAAUUGACUAUGGCCAUAAGCCCACUGGUCAAGAUAGAGAGGAAAGAGGCGGGUACCAGGCUCCAGCAGUUAUAGACUAUGCUCAUGGUCAGUCCUCGGACAAUAAUUUCCCACCCCGUGGGGCACCACCAACUUCGUCUUCAGAAAACUUUAGUCAGAGAGCUCCACCUCCAAUGGACAGGAACUUUCCGUCACCCUUUAUCAGCAGAAAUCCUCCAGGGCCACCCCCUGGCCCCCCACCAGGACCCCCUCCUAGGGCAGAGCCCAAAGUAGAGGUUGUCAAGGUUGAGGACAUAUUGUGUACACCUGGACGUUCAAGUAGACCACAACAGAUUGUUGUUGUUGUCCGAGGUUUGCCAGGCUCCGGUAAAACUUACGUCAGCAAACUUAUCAAGGACAAAGAGGUUUCAAAUGGAGGAAGUGCUCCUAGAAUGUUGUGUUUAGAUGAUUAUUUUAUGAUAGAAGUUGACAGAAUAGAAAAAGAUCCAGAAAGUGGAAAACGUGUCAAGAAAAAGGUUUUAGAGUAUGAAUACGAGGCAGAAAUGGAAAGUGCAUAUAGACAGAAUAUGUUAAAGAGCUUUAAAAAGACUAUAGAUGACGGCUUUUUUCCUUUUAUAAUUGUUGAUGCUGUAUUUGAUAGAAUAAAACACUUUGAAGAGUUCUGGAGUUAUGCUAAAUCAAAAGGCUUUCAGGUAUAUGUAGUUGAACUACAAUGUGAUGUUGCGAUCUGCUCUAAGAGAAAUACUCAUAAACGUACCCAAAGAGAGAUAGAGAAGCUUCAGAACAAGUGGGAAGAAACACCAGGACAUUACAUUAAACUAGACAUCAGAACUCUAUUACAGGAAGAUUCUAUUACUGAGGUGGAGAUGGAGGACACAGAGAGUGGGUCAGGACCCCCAGUUGCCGUCGCCAAGAAGCCAAGUGAAGAAGAGGAGGAGGACGAGGCUGUGCCAUUCAAGAAAAGUAAAUGGGAGUUAGAUUUAUCUGAAGGAAAUUUGGACAAACUGGAUGGUUUAAAACAUGACAUGAAGAAGCAUACACAAGUGUCCUCAAAAGCUUCCAUGGAAGAUCUGUUGCAGGUGGCUGAUGAAUACUUCGCCAAACAAAUGAGGGACCCGGGAAAGAAAAGGGUGAGAUGGGCAGAUUUGGAAGAAAGGAAGGAGACGGCAUACCGUCGUGAUGUUGGAUUUGUUGUCGGUCAAACCCAGCAGGAUUGGCAACGUAUGACUGAUCCCCACUAUGCUGAACGACAACUAAACAGAACAAAAUAUUUCUAAAUAAAUACAAGUUUUUAUAUUUUUAAGAUAGGAAGAUAAGAUGAUGCUUGUGGUGUGGUAUGACUGUGUUGGUCCAAGACCGUGAAAGGGACAAUGUUGACAAAGAUGAAAUGUCUAUGUUUUGACUGUGUAUAAAGUGUUUCGAAAAUAUUAAAAUUGUCAGAGGAUGCGCCUAAAUUAAAAGAGAGAAUGGCCCAUUUAUAUACAACAAAUAUAAAUAUUGUGUGUGUGUUCAUGGCGAUAUAAUUGUGUACAUGUAUAACAUUUCAAUUUGAUUUUGUAUGGUGUCUAAAGUAGGUGAUGAACACUAGUAUUGUAGGGAAGCAAUAAGUAGGUAAAAGUAGAAUGUAAGCAUUUUGGUUCUCUUUUAUUUGUUUUGUUAAUUUCAAAUGAAUCGUGUCUCUUAAAUUUUAGUUUACAUGCAAUAUAUUCUGUUCUAGUAAGUAUUUCAACUGUUUCUAUUAGCAGUGAUAAUAAAGAGAAAUUAAGUGAUACAUACACUUUCAGAAUCAAUGUAAUAACAUUUGCAGAUUUAUUAAAAAAUGAUUUUUUGAAGAACAAUUUUUGGAUAUUUUAAUUUGAUUAAAGAAAAGAUUGUUGAGUUGUUUCUUGAAUUGACUUAUACUAAACAGUCCAGUAUCUGUAUUGAAAAUGUAUUAAAUAAACAAGCUUAUUCUGCUACAUUUUACAGGUGCAGUGAAAAUAUAAGUUGUUCAUAGUAUGAAUUCCCUUGAAUUGUUUUGCUUAUCAAUUUAAUGUACAAAAUAUUGCUCCUUCCUUGUAAGGAAUAAUGUAAUACUUUAUCUACAUCGCAAAUAACUUCUUGACAUGGCAUAGUAAUAAUUUGAAAGUGCCACAAAAUUAGUAUCGUCUAUUAUGAUUUUAACAAUAAAUUACAGGUGUUUGAGUUAAUUGCAUCCAAACGUUUUUAUCAUGUACAUUGUAUGCUUUUUACAAUAUUAUAGAUGUCGUACUGUUGUUGAAUAAAAUUAUAGAGUGGUUA